UAGAAAUUUUAUCUAGACUUGCAAAUAAGCAGAUAAAAAUAAUUCAAUACUAAUAAUACAGAAGUUAAAAUGUAAAAGAAUUAUUUUAUUUUCAUUUUAUUUCUGGUAAUAAUCUCUUAGGUAUGCUAAAUGGUGGUUAUGGAAUUACUCAUGUAAAUGCAUUACUGGCUGCAUUGAAUAUCCCGGGGAUCACUAACAAGAGUCUUAAAAGCAGAGAAAGAGAGGUGGGGAAACACUUAGAGGAAAUGGCAGGGCAGAGUUGUAAUGAAGUUCUUCAAGAAGAAAUGAAACUGAGUGAUGGAGACAUCACUGUGUCUUUUGAUGGUGCCUGGCAGAAGAGAGGUACUGGUAGAGGAUACAAUAGUCUCACUGGUCACGCAUCUCUAGUAGGAGAAAAAACUAAAAAGAUAGUAAGUUUCUCUUCAAAGAGUAAAAAAUGCAGAAUCUGCUCAGCUGCAACAGCUAAAGGAGUUCCACCCAGAAAACACAACUGCCGAAAGAAUUGGCAGGGAUCGGCAAAAGCAAUGGAGCCGGCCAUGGCCUGUGAAAUGCUGAGUGCAAUCAAAGAUGAAGGGUGCAAGAUAGGAACUUUAGUCAUGGACAAUGACUCAACAACCAUUGCUCACGUAAAAGCCACUGUGGACCCAACCAUUAAUAAAAGAGCUGACAAAAACCAUACAAGAAAAGGUUUUACUGGAGCUUUGAUUGAGCUUGCCAACACCCAUAACGUUUUGAAAAAUCAAAAACUUAGAAGUCACAUUGAAAGAUGUUUUACGUAUUGUGUACAGCAAAACAGGGGCAAGGCUAAAGAUCUUGAAAAUGAACUUGGCAAAAUUGUUCCACAUUUAUAUGGUGAACACGAAUGCUGUGGAACUUGGUGUCGCAGUAAAAAGACUGACUAUAAGCCUCGAAAUUUGCCAUAUGGAAAGCCUCUAUCCUGCACCUUACUCCGAGAAGCUGUAGAAGCUUUAUUCAAGAAAUACUGCUGUAAGUCAGAGGAGCUGGCCAUGAUGGGAUCCACCCAAGUCAAUGAGAACUUUAACCAUAUGGUAUCCACUAAAGCCCCAAAAAGAUUGUAA